AGCCCAAGGGAUAAAAUGCAUAAUGUAAGGUGCGGGGUAGUUGUGUUGUGGAAAGGAGAGGAGGAGACGGACGACCAGAUCAGGUAAGGCAACAACGUACAAUCACUUUCACGACUUCAGUUCAGUCUGGAGGUUAUGACACCCCUUCCCUCCCAGCAACUUCCUCUCCCUCUCACGCACAGCGCUCCCGCACAAUCUUCAACUCCUGCCCCUGCUCGCCGCGAAAAACGCAAUCCAUCACUGCCACCAUGUUCCUCGCUGGUGCCUCUGCCAACCGCCACCGCCGCCAGCAGAGCCGCGGAACAGGCGGCCCUCCCGGCCCACUUGGCUCUCUUCUGACGAACCGCCGCCUCCAAGACGCCCUGGGCCAGCAUGAGGACCUCUUGAGCCUGUACGACCAGGUUGAGCAGCAGCUGCCGGGCGCGCCCCGCCUCCUCCCUCGCCACUUCGACCCGAUGCGCGUCGCUCUGUGGAUCCAGCAGACGGGUCUUGAGGAGGUCAACGACGCCGACUCCGCUGAACUUCUGCGUCAGAUGAAUUGCGACCGCGCCGUCGCCAUCAUGAGUGACAAGAAGAGCGGCUCCGCCGACGAUGACGGCGACGACGAUGACGACGACGACGAAGAAGAAGAAGAAGAAGAAGAAGAUGGUGAUGAUGCUGAAGAUCUCAACAUUGGCGGCGAUGACGACGACGGCAACGACGACGACAACGGCAACGACAACGGCAACGACGAGCGUGGUUGUGGAGAGAAGAAGGGCAAAGCCCUCAGCGGCGACGACGGCGAUGACGAUGAGGAGGAUCAGAAGGAGCAGGAGGAGCAGGAGGGGGAGGGCGACGACGACGACGUCGAUCUCGACACCAAAGUCACCAACAAGAUCCACAGCAUCAUCGCCGAGAUCGACCACCUCUUCCCUGAGGCAGCCAUUGAGACCAACUUCUAGGACCCCAAAUGCCUGCGCCGCCGUCCGGU